AUAUAUGUGCUUCUCGCUCUGUGCUUAUAAAACGAACAUGAUAUUCGAUUUCGAUGAGGAAAAGAAAAAAAAGUAUGUAACACUGUAUGCGAAAAAUAUACGCGGUAGAUAAAAAAAGAGGCUUUAUUCCUCGAUGGUGAUACGCGCGAAGCAAAGGGGUCAAUUCUGAUCGUCAAUUCUGUCGAGUAAAAUUAAACUUGCAAAUAUAUAAUAUACCCAGUGUAUUAAAAAUGUACAUUACUUAUCUUCUUCCUAAAGCCCAGUGCAAUUUGUAGUGAUAUGCAUUCAGCAGCUGACAACAACUUAAAAAAAUGUGAUGCAAGAAAGAAAGAUCAAUGCCAAAGAGAUUGGAUGUAUAAGAUAUGGUCGUGCAUACACGGUAAACGAUUAUACGAGCAUUCUUAAGAUGAUUGUCACAAGAAGUUAAAUUAGUGGAACAUGGUUGUUUGUUGUUCGUGCCAUUUUUGUUAAGUGAUAAGUCAUGCCUGGAGAACCAUCAGCGACAACUGGAAAUAAAUCCAGUGGUAAAGCAAAGAGGAUCUCCAUACCUCGUGUGCAAAGCAGUACCGACACAGAGUUACAGUCGCAACAAAGUGGUUCUACUCCUUUACAACCAACUGCAUUGCACUAUGUUAGCUUUCGUUCAGAGUUAGAGGACAGUCCUAUCCCGCCAACCUUGCGAUGCCGUUUAUAUGAUCUCUUUCAACAAAUUGAAAAGGAAUUUGAAAUGUUGUAUACUGAAAAUCUUGGAUUACAGGAAAAGAUUGACAUUCUAAAUGAUAAGCUCGAGAGAGAAUGUUAUGGAUCAGGUGAACGCAGUUUACCUCCUGGAGAUCUUACAGAUUAUCCGGAAACGAAAAACCUUUCCAAACAGAAAUCAAUGGGUGCAAACUCGGCGCAAAAGAUUAAAACUUCACACAAAUUAAAAGCACAGACUAGUAAAAUAGUAUCAAGCUUUAAAACUCCAUCUAUGACUUGCACCAUGCAAAGAGAAUACGUGGGCCACCGAGACGGUGUAUGGGAGAUAUCUGUGAGCAGAUCGGGACAACCUAUCAUAGCGACUGCUUCUGCUGAUCACACCGCACGUAUAUGGGCAAUAGACAGUAGCCGAUGUUUAUUACAAUAUAUCGGUCAUAGUGGAUCUGUGAAUUCAGUACGAUUCCAUCCAAAUCGAGAACUGGCAUUAUCGGCGAGUGGCGACGGUUCCGCUCACGUAUGGCAGGCAGCUGUCGAUUGGGACAUGCCGAAAAGAGUACCAUCGUUAGAAGAACUUCCAGUAGCCAGUUCCGAACGAUCUGCUACAAAUAAUCUAAUUAGUACUAACGACGAGCAAGAGGAUCCCCCGACUUUGAGAACGCCAAUACGAGAAUUGCUGGGCCAUUCGAGCGUUGUAAUGGCUGCAGAUUGGCUCUGUGGCGCCGAACAAUUGGUUACAGCUUCUUGGGAUAGAACAGCGAAUUUAUAUGACACGGAAACAGGGGAAAUUAUACACACGUUAUGUGGACACGAUCAAGAAUUGACUCAUGUGUCGACUCAUCAUAUGCAAAAAUUAUGCGUUACAUCCAGUAGGGAUAACACAUUCCGAUUGUGGGAUUUUAGAGAACCGAUACAUUCGGUUUCAGUAUUUCAAGGUCAUACAGAGACAGUAACAUCUGCAGUCUUCACAAGGGAAGAUAAAAUUGUAUCCGGCUCAGAUGACAGAAGUGUAAAAGUUUGGGAAUUACGUAAUAUACGCAGUCCCUUAGCAACAAUAAGAGGAGAUAGUGCUGCUAACAGACUGUCAGUUUCCAGUACCGGGAUAGUUGCAAUACCGCACGAUAAUAGACAGAUACGUUUAUUUGAUUUAAGUGGUCAACGUCUAGCAAGAUUACCUAGGACUAGUAGACAGGGUCAUCGUAGAAUGGUGUGUUCCAUUGCUUGGUUGGAAGAUAAUAAUGUGUGUAAUUUAUUUUCUUGUGGUUUUGAUAGACUAAUAUUAGGUUGGAGUGUUCUUCCUGUCAAAGAUGCUUAAAUAUCAAAACUGGUUUUAUAUCAGAUACUUUAUGUCAUGUUAAUGUGAUAUUCGGAAUAUUUAGGUGCAAUUUAGAAAUGGAAGUGCAUAUGUAACUAUACAGCAAAAUUCCAGCAAUUAAUCCAAUCAAAGAGCCUCCCUUUCCACUCUUGCAGACAACUGCAAUAAAUAAGCAAAAUAUAUAUUACAUGUAUUA